AUGAAUCCAUCGCUGCCGCGCCCGGCUUCGCCCCAGAAACUCAGCCCAAGCCUUGAGAACAGCACCAUCCAGAAACAGAGGCAGGAACUCCAGCUUUUAAUUGCAGAACUGAACGAUCGCGAUAAAGAGCUCAAUGAUAUGGUCGCAGUGCAUCAGAGACAGCUGCUAGCCUGGGAAGAUGAUCGGCAAAAAAUACUGACUUUAGCAGAGCGAUGCAGCUUAUUGAACAAUGAGCUGAACAAGAGAAAUGAAAUUAUAAAAUCGUUGACCAAAAGGUUAAAGUUCUUAGAAUCUCAGCAGAACGACAGUAAGACAACACUUGAAAAUAUACAACAGAAGUUUAAAGAGCUGUCUCAAAACGUAACAGAUGCAACUGUUCAGGCUCUGGAGGACAAAAAUCAGAGUCUCCACUGCUCAGUUUUGGAACUGUCGGCUAAAGCAGGCCAGCUGCAAGCGAGAGAACAGGAGCUGCUUACUAUGCUUAAGCUGAAGGACGAGACUAUACUGGAAACAACUGAUCACAUUACUGAGUUUACAGCUAAAUUCAAAAAGCUGGCAAGUGCUUUGCGUGCAGCAAAGGCAGAGGCAUUCUCUCUCAACAAAGAAAAGCAAGACCUCAAACUGAGAGUGAAAGAACUAAUACUGGAAACAAAUAAGCUGAAAGAUGACCUCUGUGAAAAGACGAAGGAAAAUAAUAAGCAGCAGGAAGAAAUCAUUCACCUCAGACAAGAAAACAGCAGCUUGAGGAAUGAGCUCGCACUUAUUGUUGAGAAAGCAAAGAGAAAGGAUCAACUUCUUCAGUCUGCCAAGUCUAAGCAAGCACGGACUGACACAGAACUAUCAAAUUUGCGACAGAUCUACGUAAAACAGCAGCGUGACUUGCAGUUUCUUCAUGUCAAUUUGGAGAGCUCUCAGGAAUUAAGGCAAAAGAAUGAGAAGGUGGCACAUGAAAGGAGCAUAGGUCUGGCAUUCUCUGCCCCUGACAGUCACAGCGAGACAGACACGGUUAGAACUGAGGGCAACCACGGGAUAUGCGAGGAGUGUGGAACUGCACAAGUUCCAAAAAGUAGGGUAAAAACCACCCAUGAGAUGUGUGAAGUAGAUAAUAGACUGUUACUGAAUGCAUCAGACUCAGAGGAAACUACCUCAGCAUACUUAAACCAGUAUCAAAAAGUUGUGAAAGCCUUGGCUGUCCUUACGGAAGAAGAAGAAAAGCAGGAUGUUGCAUCAAGCUCUGAUGAGCUAGGCGGCAAAGCAUUUUGUGAGGCAAACAACACGAGGCCAUUGAGAAACAGGGAAAUUUCUGAGAAUGGAGAGGAAAGCAGAGUCCAACAGACCUUUGAGUCAGCUUUACCUGAAUGUCAGCAUUGGCUUAAGGUCGGUUCCUGUGUAGAUUUACAAACUACUUUGAUGCAAAACACCAUCACAUCUGACAAAACUGAUAAUGAAAAGAAAACCUGGGAAGAGAGAACUGGAAUUCUGUUUGGCCAAAAAAGCAGAGAGACUCCUGCUGCCAUUCACAAGUCUGAUUCGGAUUCCUGUAGUAGUAACUUCAUCACAAGAAGAGAUGCACAGUGGAAGCCAGUAUCAGAUCCAGAAUGGAUGAUGAUUUUCAAACCCAUAAAGAGAGAUGGAAGCACAUGGCAUGGAAAAGAUUGCAGCUGUCUCAAGACUGCACAAGAGAUGAAAUGUGCCGACUCAAAAAGUGAAGAAAAUGUGGAUCUGAAUUCUUUUCACUUGGAUUCUCCUUGUUUGACAUCCACCCAGAAGGGAGACAGGCCUCAAAGAUGUGAGAAAUUCUCUGAUGAAGACUUCCCUCUGGAGAUCAAUAGCCUGUCAGUGACUAAGCCAAUAAAUAGCUGCUGCAGUGCUGCCAUGGAACAAGACACUGGUUCCCCCAUAAGUAAGCUGCAGCAUGCGUUGGCCGAGUCUCGACAGAUGGUUGCUGAUCUGGAGCUUAGUGCUCUCCUCCCUGCGAGCCCCCGCUGCAGUACGAGCAGCAGCAGCGUUAACACGACAACAGAAGUUGCAGAAGCUCUUCACAGAACCCAGUUAUCUGCUGCAGAAGAGAGAGACACUAAGCUUCCGUUCUUUUCUCUGUGA